AAGAAGAGAGCAGCGUUUUCCACCUGCGAGCUGGCUGGGGAGAUUGCAUCCAAAGCAUCAGCCAGAAAAAAAAUCUCUCAAGACUUGGUCUUUUGAGUAAAGAAAAUAUGGCGUCGAUGUUGCUGAGUCGACAGCUGACCUGUUGUCUGCAGCAAAACUCCAGAUUGCUUGUAUUUGGACACAGAUAUAUCAGUCAAGCUGCAGCUAAAAUUGAUGUAGAUUUUGAUUAUGAUGGACCUCUAAUGAAGACAGAAGUUCCUGGACCACGAUCUAGAGAAUUAAUGAAGCAGCUGAGUGGCAUUCAGAAUGCAGAUGCUGUACACUUUUUUUGCAACUAUGAAGAGAGCCGAGGGAACUACCUCGUAGAUGUAGAUGGCAAUCGCAUGCUCGAUCUCUACUCUCAGAUUUCAUCCAUCCCAAUAGGUUAUAGCCAUCCCUCUCUGAUAAAGCUUCUGCAGCAGCCGCAGAAUUUGAGCACUUUUGUCAACAGACCUGCCCUAGGGAUUUUACCUCCAGAGAACUUUGCAGAAAGACUGAAGGAAUCUUUGUUAUCAGUGGCUCCUAAGGGCCUGUCACAGGUGAUCACCAUGGCUUGCGGAUCCUGCUCUAACGAAAAUGCCUUUAAAGCAAUAUUUCUGUGGUACAGAAACAAGGAGAGGGGCCAUAACAAUGUCACAAAAGAGGAACUGGAAUCCUGCAUAAUUAACCAGCCCCCCGGCUGCCCUGACUAUGCCAUGCUCUCCUUCAUGGGUAGCUUCCACGGGAGGACACUGGGUUGCUUAGCUACAACUCACUCUAAAGCAAUUCACAAAUUGGACAUUCCAUCGCUGGACUGGCCUAUUGCUCCAUUUCCAAGGCUAAAGUAUCCUCUGGAAGACUUUGUGAAAGAGAAUCAACAGGAAGAAGCCCGUUGUUUAGAGGAGGUGGAAGACCUGAUUGUAAAGUACAGGAAAAAGAAGAAGAUUGUGGCUGGAAUCAUUGUAGAACCGAUACAGUCAGAGGGUGGGGACAAUCAUGCUUCUGAUGACUUCUUCAGAAAGCUACGAGAUAUUGCCAGAAAGCAUGGCUGUGCCUUCUUGGUGGAUGAGGUGCAGACAGGAUGUGGCUGCACAGGAAAAUUCUGGGCACAUGAACACUGGGGCCUGGAUGACCCAGCCGAUGUGGUAUCCUUCAGUAAGAAGAUGAUGACAGGAGGGUUUUUCCACAAAGAGGAGUUCAGGCCAAAUGCUCCCUAUCGGAUUUUUAAUACCUGGCUUGGAGACCCAUCCAAGAACCUUUUGCUUGCUGAAGUCAUCAAGGUUAUUAAAAGAGAAGACCUUCUAAACAACGUGACCCAUGCCGGGAAAGCACUACUGACUGGGCUGCUGGAUUUACAGGCUCGUUAUCCCCAUCUUAUCAGCAGAGUGAGAGGAAGAGGAACAUUUUGUUCAUUUGACACUCCAAAUGAUGCAACUAGAAACAAGUUAAUUACAAUAGCCAGAAACAAAGGUGUUGUGCUGGGAGGCUGUGGCGACAGAUCAAUUCGUUUCCGUCCAACGCUGAUCUUCAAGGAUCACCACGCACACCUCUUCCUGAACAUUUUCAGUGACAUCUUAGCAAACUUCAAGUAAAAGCAGUUCCCUCGCACUGAACACUGACUAUGAAAUUAGUUUGCAUUAAUUCAUGUCUUCUCUACUUACGAGAUAAGUGUAAAGUCAUAAACUAAGGUCUGUGUUCUGUCUGUAAUCCUGCCCAAGGCAAGCUGCUCCAUGCAAACUCAACCCAGGCAGAGCACUGGUACUGGGCACCAGCAGGUACAUGCAGCUGUCCCGCACUGUGCGUUUGUAGAUGCUGUGGCCCUCAGUCUUCUGGCCUGGGUCAUACUAAUUGCAGAGUCCUCUCUACGUUCAUGGUCCUGACUAUUUGAUAGUCUAAAUAUGACCUGGUACAGUCUGUUUGCGCAGGUAAUCCCAGCACAUUUACUCUUGUAUCCAGAAGCAGCCACAAGCCUGCCAUGCAGAAAGUGCCAUUCUCUAAUGGUAGCUGGAAUAAGCCCAGUGUUUCAAGGAAAGCUCUGCUUUCCCCCACUGCCAAACAAUGUUUUAUGGUUUUAUGCCCCUGAACUCCUGCCACACCAGCUGGAUCAGGACACCAUCAGCUACUCUCUGCCCAGCUUUCAGCCUGCACACACAACACUUCAGUGGCACUAAUGCACUCACCCACAUGUGCAGUGCUGUACGUGCAACUCAAAUACUCAUGCUUAUUCCCUUGUCCUGGAUUUUAAAACUUGACUUCUCUUACAGUCAGACUUGUGCAGAGAAGACUACACCUCGAGGUAUCUAAUUUGAGGAAGCUUAGAGAAUCGUGUGAAGCACAUUAUUACCACCUCUCAGCAACCCAGAAUGAUUUGCUGCUAUUUACCCCAAACCACACAAUAGGCAUUCAUUUACCUGUUGCACAUUCUACACAAAUACUUGAGGCAUUUUGGAAAACUACUAAGCAGAAUUGCUUGAUCUUGCCAAUUACCUGACGUGGGAGCCACUACAGUGAAGGCCUAGUCCUAACUGCACAUCUGUAAUGCAAAGUAAUUCUGUGUUUGUUCUAAUAGUUUAUUCUGUUGUUGAUACUUGAGAGAUCCUCUAGGCCACAGAUCAAAAAGUGUCAACAGUUUGUCAGUACAUUUCUCCUCAGAAUUGUCCUGGAUGUCUCUUUACUAUGUGCUCUUUGUUGUUUGCUUAAGGCUGACCUGAACUAGGUCUAGUGCCUUUUUUCCCCCUCUUUUCUUGGCUAGCAAAUACCUGCAUUUUGCUUGGUAAGUUUAUGUUGUGUGCCAAAAAAACAGGGACCACAGUGGACUUUAAAGCUGCCCUAUUAUGAUCUGGCCACAGUUUUUAAGUAUAUAAUGAGGCAGAGCAUUAAAAUAUCUACAUGUUUAAUACAACUACCAAAAUGUGAGAGGUUUCUUACCUGCUUUGAGAAGUAUUUAUUGUGGUUUUCCCAUUUUAUUUCUUGAGUGCUGGUAUUGGGAAACCCCAGUACACUCCCUUCUGCUAGCCUAAAAACAAGGGUAUUUCUGUAGACCUCUGCAGAAACAGGAAUCCUGGUACCAGCUGGUCAGAACCUGAGCAGGUUUUUGAACAGAGGUUGUAGAAAUCUGGGGGGAAGGACUUGUAAACUGGUGUUCAGCACAACCUCAUUGUCAUCACUGUCCUUUUAAGCAUACUAUCAACAAGACAAAAGUCAAACUGAGAACUGUAUUUGACAGCAUUUUGGGAAUUAGUUUGUUUAACAUAUCAGUGCAGUAGUUCUAGUAAAUGUCUCUAGCAAGUCUUGUACUUUUACAGAAGCAAGGGUCCAGUAAUUUGAAGUCUUAACCACAUCUUCACUUUUAUUAUGAAUACUCUAGGUGUUUUUAUAAUUUUUACUGACACUCAGUAACUGUAUAAUUGUGUACAACAUGUUGAUGAAAUGUUAGAGAAUAACUUAGGAAGCACUGCAGCUGAAGCAUAUGAAGUUACUAUUGUUUACAGCAUCCUGUGGACAGUGCCAAAUAGAUGUUGAAACAAAUACUUAACUACACUUCAUGGUGUAACUAGUAACCGUACACAGAUUCGUAACAAAUGACAUCUCGUGUAAUCAAUAUUCUUAAAUAAAAUAUUUAUAAUGGAA